UAUGGCCGCAUCGUAGUCCCCCUGCAAGGAUUUUUUUUAGGAAAUAUUUAUAUGCACAUUGCAUUUUUCUCUAAACCAAAAGCAGAGGGGGAAAGGAAGAAGCAAGCACAGAAAUAAUUAUUUAGCAUUAGAUUAAAUUAAACAGUUUCAGUGGUUUAGUGCAAUCCAGGACGCUUGUAGAUAAGAGAGAGAGAGAGAACCCGGGCUUAACAAUUUAAACAGAGGAAAAUAACCCUCCAUCGCAAAGUGAAUUUAAUGGAUAGGAACUAUCCUACUUCUAGUUUCGGAGAUCCUUUGGGUACAGGGCAAGGAUGGAGCUACGACAGAACAACGUCAGGAGUAAAAGCCAGUCUGGUGUACGGAGGGUCCCGCAGUUCACACCCAGACACGGACAUCCUGCAUAGACAGGCCUAUGCGACGCCCCAUCCUCUCCAAGGCUAUGCCACCAAUCACCACCCAGCAGGCCUCUCGGGUCUCUUCGAGACAGGCCUUCACCACGCCGGCAGCACCACCCCGGACGCUUCCGUCAUGAACCUCAUCUCGGCCCUGGAAUCCCGGGCACCCCAGCCCGGCCCCUCCGCAUCCUCCCUCCUCUCACAGUUCAGGACGCCGUCCUGGCAGACAGCCAUGCACACGCCAGGACCAGCCGAGCUCUUCAUUUCCGGAGCCAUUCCGGGAUCCGGGACAUUCCCAUCUUCGUCUGCCCUCUCAGCCUAUCAGCACCCAGCCUCGUUCAGCGGGCGGAGCUUCCCCGUGACGUCGUCGCUGACCCUGCAGGACGCCACCUUCAGCCCCAGCUCCAACGGGCUGCUCUCACCCCAUGACCCCCUCCUGCACAUCAAGUCCUCGCAGUCCAGCGUGCCCUCCUCGCUGACCUUUGACCGACUCGGGAGCGCCGUGCUGGGCACCGGCCUGCCCUCCCAGAGCUCGGCCUACCGCACGGCCCAGGAGUCGGCCUCCCGCCACCUCCAGUCACAGUUCAACCUGCUCUCCUCGCCCCUCGGCCCCACCGAGCAAGCCUCCCAGCUCUACAACACCUCGGUCUUCUCCAGCUCCCCGGCCUCGGGCAUCGAGAGGGCCAUCCCCCGGCAGGACAGCGUGAUCAAGCACUACCAGCGGCCCUCCAGCGCCCAGGCCCAGCUGCCUGCCUCGCACCACUCCCUGCAGCAUUACCUAAGCUGCGGGGGGAGCCACGGCUUCCAGCAGAUGCCCCGGCACCCCAGCCUAUCCUGCAGCCCGCUGGGUGAACAGUCGCCGGUCAGCAGUGAGGGCAGUCAGAAGAGCUCGCAGCCCCGCGGCGAGCACUCUCAGAGCUACAGGCCCAUCAUCCAGUCGCCGGGUUACUCCUCCACCUCCUCCUCCUCCAAGUCGAAGAGUUACUCGGCCUCCAGGCAGGUGCCCCGCUCCACCAGCACCCCCAAGUGCCAAAGCAUCUCCUCCACGGGCCAGUCUCACCACUACUCGUCCGCCACGCCCAAGGCCAGCUCGGUCAUCUCCAGCCAGCCUCAGGCCUACUCGCCGGGACAGUCCCAGAGCCUGCUCACCAUGACCCAGUCGCAGAGCUACAGCGGGGCCCAGGCCCAGAAUCUGGCCGCCGUCACCCAGUCCCAGGGCUUCGCCUCCAGCCAGUCCCAGGACCCGACCACCGCCAGCAAGACCCAGAGCUACUCACCAGGUCAGCUGACGGGCCUGGCCUCAGUGGGCUCCAUCCAGAGCUACACUGUCCAGUCGGAGCCCCAUUCCACGCCGGGGCAGAGCUACGUCCCCACCCACUCGCAGGGCAUGCCCACUGCCAGCCCCUCGCUCAGCUACGCCACCGGGCACUCCCCAGCCCUGUCCACCCACGGCCCAUCCAUCGUCUACUCCUCGGCCAGCCACGUGCAGACCCUGCCGGACUCCAGCCCCUCCCAGAUCAUCCGGCCACUGCAGUCGCCGGGCGCUGGGCGCUCCCAGAGCGUAGCCUCCCCGGGCCAGCCCCAGAAGUACCUGUCCUCGGUCCUCUCGCCCUCCUUCAUCCAGUCCUCGCACUCCCAGGGCUUCCAGUCACCCCAGCCGGCCCUGGAGCGGACACCGUCCUACGGGAAGACCAAGUCCGACUCGGACCUGCUGGCCUCGGAGAGGACGGAGGACGAGGACUUCCUCAUUCAGCACCUGCUGGACUCCCAGAGCCCGCCCCGGGUCUCCACCCAGAGCCUGGCCGGCUGCGAGGAGCGGGCGCCCAAGGGCAUGGUGUACGAGAUGUCCAAGUCAGAAGAGCGCUACCACCUGCAGAGCGUGAUCCGCACCAACUCCAGCCUGGACAGCCAGGUGCUGGAGAUGUCCCUGCAAGGCCUGAAGGAGAAGAAGAAAGGUGAGCGGCCCAAGGAGUACGUCCGCUCCUCCUCGGAAGGCCUGGCCACCACCGUGGUCCACUACAGCCACCAGGCCAACAGCAUCGACAGCCUGGCCCAGGACAUCAAGAAGUCGGUGGAUCACCUGCAGACGUCCCAUGGCAAGGAGCUGGGGCAGAACCACGGCUUCCUGCAGAAGGGGGGCGACCCCUCCUCCCGGGCCCACCGCCUAGUCCCCGAUGGCUCCCAGAUGGAGCCUCAUGCCAUCCUGCAGGGGCAGCAGGGCUCCCAGCUGAUGCUGGACGCCUCGCCCGAGAUGCAACUGCCCCUGUCCCACCAGGCGUCCGCCCAGCCCUCCCAGCUGCUGCAGUCAGUGCUGACCCACACCCAGAGCCAGCCACCCCAGCAGCAGCGCAAGGUGCCGCCCGCCAUGGACGUGCGCCUGCUGGAGUCGCAGCGGCUGCACUCGGAGGCGCCCUCGCCCCAGCUGCAGAUGCUGGAGGUCCACCUGCAGAGCCAGCAGAUGCAGGGCGUCCACUCCCACCCGCCGCUGCUGGACUCCCACCAGAUCCAGGCCGAGCCCCAGUCCCCCCGCCUGCCCCCCGAGCGCAUCCAGGCGGAGGGCCUGGCCCAGCAGGAGCGCAUGCAGCCACAGGAGAUGCAGGAGUUCCUGGAGCCCGAGCUGCACCUGGAGAGCCACCUGUCCCAGGGAGGGCAGGUGCCGUCCCAGCAGCACCUGAUGUCCGAGAGCAGCGAGCCCCUCCAGCUGGACAGGCCUGAGCCAUCCCAGCAGGUUGCCACCCAGCAGCUGGAGCCGAAGGACCAGUACAGCUCGGGCAGCCCACCCAGCGCCAAGGGCCGCUUCGUGCCGCUCACUUCCAUCUGCUUCCCGGACUCCCUGCUGCAGGACGAGGAGAGGAACUUCUUCCCGGGGAUGGAGGACAUGUUCUGCUCGGCACCCUGCGGCAGCGAGGAGUACAACAAGCAUGCCGGCGAGGAGAACAGCCAGCCCAUGGACCGGGGGGACGGCAUGAAGUCCGGAUUCGACAUGAUGCACUCCAACCAGAGUUUCCCCGGCUACUGCUCCUCGGAGACGGGCGCCGGCCAGCAGAGCGUCCACCUUGACCUCGACUCAGUGUCCAUGAAGCCCGAGCUGGAGCCUGCCAUCCAGGCUGAGCCCACGGCCUUGGCCCAGCAGAGCCACCGGCCUACUGGUGCUGACAUCAAGUCGCCCCUGACGACAGCCAGCUUCUGCAGCAUGAAGAGCAAGAAGUUUCUGAAGACUUCGUCUUUGCAUCUCCUGAAGAAGAAGGACUCGCCCCCGCAGCCCCCAAAGAAGACCUACGCUCAGGAAUACGAAUUUGAGGACGAGGAGAAGGAGGACGUGCCGGCUGACAUCAGGCUGAACAACCGGCGACUCCCGGACCUCCUGCCGGACCUGAUCUCCAGCUGCCGGACGCGGACCAGCAUCAGCCCCGUCUCCGACAUCGACUUCUGCUCCGGCAACCUCAAUGGCGGCAAGAAGAAGCCCAAGCGGGCCUCAAAGCCCAAGGAGAAGGGGCCACCCCGUCCCCGAGGACGGCCCCGGAUCCGGCCUCUGGAGCCCCCGCAAGGCGUGGCCCAAGACGGCCCCAAAAAGAGAGGGCGCGGCAGGGGCAGAGGCAAGAAAAUGGCGGAGGGGGAGAAUGAGGGCUUCAAGAUGGAGAAGCAAGCGAAGCCCAGCAAGGGCAAAGUUCAAGGGUCAAAAGCAAGCGACCUUUUACCUGUUGAGGUUCCGGAGACCCUCCCGACAGAAAGCGUGCUGGAGAACAGUCAAACCCAAGAGAAGAUCAAGAAGAAGAUAAAAGAGGUGGAGGAGAAACAGCCGGAGAUGAAAUCCGGCUUCAUGGCAUCGUUCCUGGACUUCCUGAAGUCGGGCAAGAGGCAGCAGUUGCCCGCGACGACGUCCAGCCCCCAGAAAGGGCGGCCAUCUUCGGUCAUCAACCAGCCCUCCCAGGCCCCGUUCGGCCUGGCACAGUCGAUGCUGUCGGGCCCUCUCGAUGCCUCGGAGAGCGACAGUCUCAUGAGCUGCACCAGCCCCUGCAAGAGGUUCGAUGAGGACCUGAAGAAGAACCUGGAGACCUUGCCCUCGUUUUCGUCGGACGAGGAAGAUUCCGUCAGCAAGAACCAGGAUCUGCAGAAGAGCAUCACCUCUGCCAUCUCGGCACUCUACGACCCAAUGGAUCGCAAGGAAACCGACAACACAGAUAACAUUACUGCAGAAGAUAAAGAAGCAAGCAGCUCGCCAUCGGAGGUCUCUCAGCCAGAACAGGCUGCACCUCCAUCCCCAGACUUGCCUAAGGAGCCAGUCCCAGAGGAGGAACCUUCUCCUGCCCCCGAGUCCCCACCACAGCCGGAAGAGAGGGAGGCUCCGUCCCCAGUCAAGCUGGCCAAGGUGCAGGACUCGGUGGCCAUUUGCGGAGAGACUGACGAGGACGAUGAGGAGAGCGGAGGGGAGGGAGCCAUUCGGAAGUGGGACGAGUUUGUCAUUAAAAUCGAUGACAUUAAGGAGCUAAAGCUGGCCAUGCAGACGGGGGCCGAGCCCCCACCCAUCUGGAGGGUGCAGAAGGCGUCCCUACAGCAGUUCGUGCCCGAGGUGAGGGAGGGGCGACGGCACUUCUCCUCCAGCAACCAGUACGUGGAGUACCCGGACGAGGUGAAGAACAACUACCAGCGCCUGUACGUCAAGUUCCUGGAGAACACUGAAAAAAGGGACUACGUCCGGAUCUGCUCCAAGAAGCCCUGGCACCGGCCCCUGCACCUGGCCAAGAAGCAGGACUCGGUGGCCAUCUCCGGAGAGACGGACGAGGAUGACGAGGAGAGCGGCGGCGAGGGCGUGUUCCGUGAGCGGGACGAGUUUGUAGUGAAAAUCGAUGACAUUAAGGCGCUCAAGCUGGCGAUGCAGGCGGGGCGCGAGCCUCCUCCCGUCUGGCGGGUGCAGAAGGCCUUGCUGCAGAAGUUCACGCCGGAGAUCCGAGACGGACAGCGGCAGUUCUGUGCAACGAGCAAGUAUCUCGGGUACUUUGGUCACGCGAAGAAUGAGUACCAGCGUCUCUACGUCAAGUUCCUGGAGAAUGUGAACAAGAAGGACUACGUGAGGGUGUGCUCGAAGAAACCUUGGCACAGGCCUCAGCAGUCCCUCAGACGCCAGAACCAGGCCAAGAGCGCUCCGAACCGGGUACCUGUGGUGGUUAAACCGGAGCCACCGGUGCGCCCGGCGUCCAAACCCAAGCAGCGACCGUCCAAAGCCAAGGCCGAACCUCCUCCCAAGAAGAGGAAAAAGUGGCUGAGGGAGGUGGCCUCGUCGUCAGAAUCAGACUCCACACCCAACCAGCAGAGCGAGGAGGAACGGAUCCCCACUGGCCGAAUCUUGAACACUCGGGCAAUGAAGGAGAUGUACAAGAGUUACAUCGAGCUGCUGGUCAGUGCCGCUCUGGACCCAGCCAUGAUUGAGACGAUCGAAGCUAACAAUGAUGAACUUUAUUUACCCACCAUGAAGAAGAUCGACGGCAUCUUGACAGAACACAAGAAACGUGUGACAAAAAGAGUGUCUCUGACUUCCUUGCUCCAGGAGGGAUUGCAGACGUUCCCUCAACUGGUUGUCGAGGAUUGCGACGCAGAACACAAGGACAACCCCGCCAGCUCAGUGAAGCUAAAAGUGGCAGGUACCCCCUACAACAGGAAGACUCUCAACCAGCUCAAGAAGAAUGUACAGCGGCCACAGGACUUCCAAGUGGAGGCCGAGAAACUGCAGUUUUACACCUUGUUCCACUCUCUUCAUCACUACAAGUACCACACAUUACUGCACUGUAAAGAACAGACGGACACCCUGUCGGAAGUGAACGAGGACCUGGGUCAGGAGGAGAUUGUGCAGCAGUGCAUGCGCAACAUGGCGUGGCUGGAGAAACUCUUCGACUCCUUCUGCGAGCUCCUCACGCAGGUUCAGCAGCAGUGCGCGUGACCCCCGCCACAGCCGCGACUGCCCUCCUGUCUCCCGCUCUCUCCUUUCCUUUCUCACCCUCGCCCCCGCCGCCACCAUCCUGUUCCCUGCACUGCCACCUCCUCCGCCCCUCGCCUCCGAGGCCGGAUGCGACACACUGCCGCGGGUUCCGGGGUUGCCGGGGCAGUGGGGGUGGUGAAUGUCCGCAGUGACGCCCCAGUUGUUGCAGGAUUUAAUUUUUCUCAUUGUCCUUGCCGCCUGGUAACUUCAGUGCGCUGAUAUUCAGUUAGGAGUGUUCAGAAGCUUAUCGUUUGUUUCUUAAUUCCCUUCGAAGGAAGCUCCGUGGCCACAGCUGGUCACCCCGUCCCAACCAGCACCCUUGGGUGCUCAAGGGGAGGGUGGAAUUAAAGCUUCACAAGCACAGUGGCUAAGACCCUGCUCCUCCAACCCCACUCUCAACACCCUCGAGGCUGUCGUCACUCACCUCUGUGCCCCCACUCACUCUAACCCAUUGGAGGUCACCCCCUCUUUAUGUUCCCCCUCCCACUCAUCCGCUACGCCCCCGUAGCCCCACUCCCCUCACCCUCCCCCGCCACCGAUCUGCCCUGACCCCCUGCUUUUCUAGUGAUCCGAUGGUUUGGGAGGCAGGAGCCAGAUGUAACCCUUGGCUCUGCCCCCCACCCCAGCAGUGAGUCAGGGUUUGGUGUUUGUUAGGGGACUCACUUUGGUUUCCACUUGGGGUCUAGCUGGAUGAAGGUGCGUCUGAAGGAACAGGGCGAGGCUUGAACUGCUUGGUGGGGCAGGUCGUGUUGAAACCAAUGUCUUGGUGUCACAGGGCUUCUGGACACUCUUCCUACUCCCACCCUCCACCCCACCUGUCCCCAUCAUUCCCGUCUCUGUAACGUCCUGUCACUGUGGAAGGUGGAAACCAGCUGUUCCAUCACCAACCCAGGCCGCUGUCUGUGGCCCAAGCCCUAAUGUCAGCCUCUCCUCCUCCUCCUCCUCCUCCUCCUCCUCCUCCUCUCCUCUGUCGUGGUUCCUUCAGAAGGACCUUCAACCCCACCCAAAAGCAAAUUCAGUUCUCCAACAAUUCAGCUGAAACUAUCAGGGGCUCCUGGGUGUAAUUGGGUAAUUGUUGAAGGGGUGACCACCAUUACAGGGGCUCUCGCCUGUCCAGUGGGUCAUGGACAUUCCUCUCGCUGGACGCCUGCAACCACUGACCUUGGGGACGAUUACUGCCUCUCUCUGCCCCCUCCCCACCCCUUCUCCCAGAGGGCGGGCUGAACCAGGGGUCUUGGGUACGGUGGGUGGCCUUUCAAUCUCCACCCUGAUCUUCACACCUGGCUCCUCGAGCUCUGAAACACGAGAGCCCCAGACUUGUCCUACAGCGCGGUGACUCUCCCGCUACACAGUGACACUUCCUUCCAAUCGUCCAGGAAAAGAGUUGGGGUAUAAAUUCUGCUGCCUGACCUCAGGUCGAAGGUUUCCCCAAAGGUCCUGGUGCUUCCCUUAUUUGGGACCUACAGAUGCUUAUUCAGGUGAAUGUGAGGGGGUGUAGGAGGAAAUUGAAGGGUCAUCUAUCUCCUGCUGACCUGACACUAGUCAAUAGUUACCAGGUUAACAUGACUAGGCCCAGUUAGAUGUAGGGUAUGAGGUCGUAUUGCCUGCUGGAUUUGUUUUUUUCCCAUCGGAUCUGAUCUGGGAAGUCCGACUUCCUCCAUCACACUUCACAGAAGGUUAAAACCACUGUGUUUCUGUCUAUGAAAUAAUAUUUACAAAAGUUGAAAAUAAGGUUAGAAUGAUCCUGAAAUGCAGAUGCAUGGGGCUGGAGCACCCUUGUACUCUCUCUAGACGUUGAGUAGCUUGAGGGGACACUGCAUAUGGCUGCCAAAGUGGUGACUGGACACUGCAUAUGGCAGCCGUUCUGGAGGACAUGUGACUGGACACUGCAUAUGGCUGCUGUUCUGGAGGACAUGUGACUGGACACUGUGUAUGGCUGCCAUUUAAGAGAAGAAAUGACUGCAAAUGUCUGCAGACUUCGAGAACGAGUGACAACCGGACACGGUUGUACUCUUGGUCCGGGAAGCAGGAUGUGAAUGGAAACUGAAAAUGGUUGCUGGCCUGGAAUAAUCGAUUGGACGCUGCAAGCGGCUGUCAGUCUUGAGGGGUGACCAAUUGGGCUCCCUGGUCUGAAGAUCAGUUUUCGUUAGAAAUGGACCCUGAAUUUGAAGACGCCAACCUCAUCCCAUCCAUCGACAGUGCCUGCUGGAAAUUUAUUCCCCCGUUCACCACCCACCCCAAAGAGAAAUGUCCCAAAAAGAAGAAAAAACAAAAUUGAACAGCUUAAGAAUGAGUGCUUGCUGCAAAAAGACAGAGGAGCUGGGUGUCCCAGACAUGACAUUUGACCAACACUGGUUGGAUAUAAGAAUGCGGUGGGAUGUGGCGGGGGAGGGUGGAGAGGGGAGGGAGAUACCCACAGGAAAAGAACUCUUGCGGGAGAGGCUCUGAGCUUUUUGAAAACAAUUCUUUAAGGGUCUGGUUGAGCAAAUGCUGCAUUAUAUUUUAGACCUAAUUUUUUGUUUCAGAUUUUAAUCAAAGGUUUCCAUUCCCACCCCCUUGCCCUUUAACAAAAGGAAUUAAUUAUUUUAAAAAUUGCAAAAAAAAACCCACCAACUUAACGCUGGCUGAAUAUAAUUUAAUCGUUUUAUGUUAUUUAAAAAUACCUUACAGAUUCCCUGUCUCCCUUCCAGUAAAAUGUAAGUUUUACAAAAAAAAUUUGGGAUCUGUCCUAUCUUGGGUGCUCGCCUGUCGUAAACGGUUUUUAAAAAAGCAGUGGCUACUGGCCAUGUCUCCCGUGUAUAUAUAUUGUACAGAGCAAAUGUCCAUGUACUAUAUUGUAUUUGAGAGAGCUAACCAAUACUUAACAGAGAAAAAAAAACACAGAAGGUUGCUUAGUUGUGAUGUUCAGUCUGACUGGACCUUAUUAGUACUUGGUUUAUAUAAUAUGUUCUGAAACUUGUCAAGUGUCCUAUUUUAUUCAAAGAAAGACAGGUUACGACAAAAUGGAGUGAUGCACCCCAGGGUGGAUGAAGUCUCGUUGAGAAGGGAGAAGAUGGUGGCAUGGGUUUACGUGCGAUAAUAUUUCCCUAAUCCCCGUCACCCACACACAAUAGAGAUUGCCUGUCUGGGAGUGGUACAAUUUUCCCCAGGCCCGCUGGGAUGAGGAAGGGUUAAAACAUGUAGUCUCAGAGUUUCCCCUCCUGGUUCAACCUCCUGCUGUGGUGAGUGUUGUGUGUGUCCGUGUGCGUGUGUGUGGAAACUGCCUGGCAGAGACAGGAUUGGGUAGUGAUGCCUGAUGUGGUCGAAUAUCAUCCAGGUGCAGGGCUUUGUGCUUGGUGUGACGCAGUCACAGUCCAAUACCCUCUCUCUGGGCUUGUGUACAAAGUGGAGAGACAGGGAUGGAAAACCGGGCCUCAAAGAGGAGCACUUUCAGUGCCAGAGCAACCAGUACAUCAGUUCUAUCAUCCUCUUGAUCGAUAGACUCUGGCAUUACAUAGUCCUUAUCCAGAGCACCAAUUUCUGAGUUGAAUUCAGUAACACUAACUUAACCCCUCUGCCUGUUUCAUCUAGAUUUUAAACCGAAGCCCCAUCUACAUUCUUAGGGCCAAUGACGCUAUUUCAAUGAAGCAUAGGUGAGAGCUGGUCAAAAUUCAACCCCAAUCAGUUGGAAUUAAUUAUCCGGCUGCUACCUCCAUCUCGUUUGUAGGCCCAAAGUAGCUGCUGUGUUUCCAGUUUACAAAUUGGCUGGAAAGCACUUGAAGGUGAAAGGGAUGUGGAAGUCUCUGUAUAAAUGCUAGUUUGUCUAUCUUGGACAUGAAUUUGGAAGUGGGCCUUCAUUGCGAGCAGGCUGCCUGACCUGACCCCAUGGUCCAGUAAACGUGAGGGGCUCUGCUGGGAGAAGCUCCUUGGAACUUCUCUUCCGCAGUGUUUUACCUUCUGUACGUUAAAAAAAAUAAUGGGAACCGCCAGCCAAACCUGUGAAGAACUUGUGCAGGGUUGAAGUACCAUCGCUGUUCUUACUGUCGAAAAUGCAGCAGUCGACGUACGCACAGCGAGAUCCCACAAAUGGCAGUGCGAUCUGCGACCGGGUAACAGAUUUUUUUCACCGCCAUCGAUUGCUAUUUGCUGGGAUUCUGGGCAGGGCUCCCUUGGUGUGCCGUGCUGGGUUUUCCAACCACCCCAAGCAAGGCGUUACCUGAGAGGUUGCACUGCUGACAGUGCAGCACCCCCGCAGUACUGCCUCAGGAUGUCGGUGCCUGGCUGACUGCUCUUCGCCCCCUGACAACUUCCCCAACUAUUCCAAAGAAAAGACAAUUUUUUUAAAGUGGAAAAUAGGAGCAGGAGUGAGCCUGUUUUGUCAAUCAAUAGGAUCAUGGCUGCCUCAAUACCACUUCCCUGGUCCCUUCCAAUUAGCCUCUCGUUGGCUGAUUUUUUGAUAUCCCCCUCCCCACACUACCGAUACAACCCAAGGCUGAUCAUUACCACAGACCAUUACUGGGCGAUUGUUCUUGACGAAGAAGCUGGACCCCACGUCCUUGCAUUUUGUCAGUUCCUUUGCCUACCCAAUGCCCCUCCCUACACCUGAGCCCCGAGGGAGCUCGGUCCUCACUCCCCAUCAGCUGGAAUGGUCUGGGGGAGGCAUGGCUGAGUACCAAGGGGAGCCCCGUCCUCACUCACCCAGCAACCGACAAACUGAAGUGGGCCAUGUGUGAAAGAGAGGUGUUAGGCUCAGGUAGGGGACUAGGCCGCAUUGAAGCAUCAUAGAUUGCCGGGGAAUAUCUACAUAAUUGAGGCCUUGUUGGGAUGAAUUAAUUAAAAACUGAUAUCACAGUGGCACAUUGUGCUUUAAAGGGAAGCCCAGGAAAGGAAAGAGAUUUACUGUUGCAAUCUGAAGUUAGUUUUGUAGUCACACAGCACAGAAACAGGCCCUUCGGUCCAUCAUGUCCAUGCUAACCUUGUUGCCCAUCUUAACUAAUUCCAUUUACCUGUAUUAUGUCUGUAAGCUCCAAAAGUAACUGUAUUCUGUUAAGAAAGGAGGAUUUGCAUUUUUAUAGCACUCUUUGUGGCUUGAUGCAUCCCUGAAGCAUUUAAAAUCCAUUGAACAUUUUGAAGAGGCUACUGUUGUAAUGAUGGCUAAAUGCCUAGGUCUGUUUAUUAUGAGUUUAUUAAAUUAAAGUCCAUCCUUUUGCCCAUCACCCUCCUAAAUAAAUACUUGCCAAUAAUAUAUACUUAAAAUUUCAUGUUGAUUGAACUGGGUGUCCUGUCACAAUGUUGGAGAGGAGGGGCCUUUGCAUAUUAUUCAAGAUGUUAAACCCAGUUGUAUUUUUUGUCUAAUUCAAUAUUUUUGAGAGCAGUUGACUCGUGUACUGCUGCCUUCCCCCACUGCCCUUCCUCGCCCUCUCCCAAAUUUACUUUUUAAUCUUCUAACACUUUGGGUACGAUUGCACAGAUCGAUCCCAACAUUCCUGGACACACCCUUGAGGGGUCACCAGGUUACAGUCUGAAGGAGGAGCUGUUUCUGGUGGGAUAGGCAUUAGGAGCUGGCCGUUUCCAAGGAUAUGUCUCGGUCUGAGCACCUUUUGGGGUUUUCCUUCUGUUUACUAUUCUAUCCUGGAAGUAGAUCAGAAUAGAUUGAAUGAUGAUGUCUUCUGAAGUAAAAUGCUGGAAACAGCAUCUGCUGAGACAGAAAUGAUUCUCGUUUCCACUCCGAGACACUUCCUCGGGAACUGGGGUUUACAAGUUAGCUGGGUUGCCAACUCUGCAUAUGUUCCUGGUGGCUUUAUCAUGUGGACCUCACUCCUCAAUCCCACCCCUCAAUAUUUUUCUGAUGUACAACAGUAUUCAAAGUGAAUAGUUCAAGGAAAAGGCUUUGUUUCUUUUAAUGAUCCUCUGCUUUUUCUCUUGGAACUUUUUAAAAAUCAAACACGGCAGUGUCCUGAAGAUUAAUCCCAAAUAAAUCCUGGCGAUGAUUGAGGAGAGUUGGUAACUCUGGUCUUGAAUAAUAAAAAAAAAUCAGAAAAUGCUCAACAGGUCAGGCAGCAUCUGUGGAGGGGAAGAAAAACAAUUAACAUUUCAGGUCAUUAACCUUCAUCAGGACUAGUCUGGGGUGGGUAAUACUGCCCUCCGUGGCCCAUCCCUGUCAUUUCUGAGCUGCUAGCAUCUUCAAUGCCAGGACCAUUGCCUCCCUUACAGGCGCCCACCGGUUUGUUGCAAGCUCUUUGGGUAUGAGGGAGUGUGGAGGAGCAAGAGAAGGAUCUUUAAUCAAGAGGAAAUUCAUUUUCUUCCUGAAAUUGUUGUAAGUCUUUGUAUAUCCAUCCCCAAAGGUUUUCUGAGCUAAUCUUGCCUUGCAGCUCAUUGAGCUGAUUGGGAGAAAGAGCCAGUGAGUGCUUGCUACUGGGGUAUCAAUUUUAUUUCUUUCACUAAAAAAAAAGUUGCAGUUAACUCUCAAUAGUUUAAUUUCCUCUGCCUAUAAAAUAAAUCAGUCCCAAGCCCCUUACUUACUUGUAGUCCCAGUGAGAGGUCACGCUGACCAUUUUCGUUGGCCCAUCUUGGGCUCUGAGCUGGGGUUGGAGGUCACCAAAUCUGUCAGGUCACUGCAUUGGUUGAACUACCUGUCAAAGCCCAUUUUUUCAGGGAUUUCCAAUUUGAUAAAAUAUUAACUUAUGAAAGAGAUUUGUUUGUUUUUAAUGCCUUUUUAUGGUUGUGUGAUUGGUGGAUGUAAUUUUGAUCGGAAUUGGUGGCUCCAGGAGGGUUUGGCACAGGAGGGGGCUGGCCGAGGUUCGGAGGGGAGAUAGGUGGGUAGGGAAGAGGAAGGGACGCGUCGCAAAGCUUCUCCCCGCUGGGGCAGUGCGCGCAGAGACCAAGUGUGUGGGCAGCCGUUUUGUAGGACCUGAGGCUUGUGGUUUGGGUAUGGUGAUGGGCACGGGCACACUUCGAACCAUUUUGUCAUAAGCUGCCUUCAGAGAUGCGACGUUUUCAUCUCUCUCACUCUCUCUCUUUAUGUAAUACUUAUUAUCGACCUUUUUUAAUGAUGUGUUCUAACUGUACAAUGUUAUGGCCUGAAAGGUAUUGUUACCGUUUUUGAUUUGUGUUCUUGUAUUGAUGUUACAUAUAUUAUAUAUUUUUAAUUGUUUAACAAUGUCCUGCAAAUGUUUUUUCUUUUCCUAUUUCUCCCCCUCCCCACCCACCCCCUUCCCUCGCAAAAUGUACAACUUGCAUUGUAUACUGUGUCCACAAUAUGAAAGAAAAACACAUUCUUCCUCUGUAUUUUGUUUUUUUCUAAAAAAAUAGUUUAACCUCUUUCAUGUUUUAAAUGCCGAAUAAUUCCUGUGCUGCCUACCGUAUAUUUUUAAAAUCUUUUUGUUUCGGUA